GUCCCCUUGGAGACUAGCAGGAGCAACACGUGAUGUGGCCACUUACUUAUCAGGUUUAGGGGCAGAGAACGGCGCUUUGAGGACGGGCGAGGAAAGUGUCUUCCUCUCUUACGUCGAUUAAUUUCAUUAUUUCGGUUUGCAGUAUUUGGAAAGGAGAGGAACAUUUCAAAGUUGACUAACUUUGCACAUCUUUAGUAUCGCCAUUUUGAUUGCUUUCCGGAACAAGUUUGCCUGUUCCUUUUUUCCCCUCAGCCCAUCAUCUCUAUUCACCAUCAUCAGUAUGUCUCGGCGUAAGCAGCCCAACCCCAACAAAGUCAGACUGUAAGCAGUGUGUGUUUGCUGGGCACGUGAGGUGUGUAGUGAGGUGAGGUGAGGUGACCUGCACCCCGCUCAUCUGUGACCAUCUUUAGCACCUGUAUCUGUGGAUGGGUACAGCUAGAGUUUUUGGGGGCCUCACAGCUAGUCAAAACCUGCCCAGUCUCCUUGAGGCGGAGUGCAAGCCAAUGCUUGUCUGAGACAACAGCCAGUGUAUGUCCAUCAGUCAGCAAACUGGUAUCCCUGGUGUGAGUGAUGGAGAAUGGUCCAGAGGACAAGUUGCUAGGGGAGGAAGCUGCUCUCACAAUGACCACCAGAGAGGAGGAACCAGAAGAAAAGUGCAAUGACCUCCACACAGAAGACCUAGUUGAACACAGAGGGAGAAGAGAUACAGCAAUGAGCACUGAGAAUGGGGCAGCGGGUGCUGAUGACAUGCUGGAGGAGACAUAUGGGGUGGACCUCUCCUCCAUCAACUCAAUGAUGUCCACUGUGAUGAGUGUGUCCACGCUGAACGGGUCGGGGGUGGAUUCAGCCUCAUGCACCCCCACAAAGAGUCCUGUCCACAGCAAGUCCAUUAACAGCAGAUCUCCUACCAUCAGCCGCGCAGCAAGGAAGAAUCCGGAAGCCAAAGAGGAGGGGACAUCUUUCAUCUGCCCUCUAUGUGACAAGGACUGCUUAACCCAGCAUCAGCUCACUACACACAUCCGCCAGCACAAUCAGGACAAUGGUGCAACUGACCACUCAUGCAGUAUCUGCGGCAAGUCCCUGAGCUCUGCCAGCUCAUUGGACCGUCACAUGCUGGUUCACAGUGGUGAGCGGCCCUACAAGUGCUCUGUAUGUGGACAAACUUUCACCACCAACGGCAAUAUGCACAGACAUAUGAAGAUCCAUGUCAAGGAGCCAGCCGGCUCCAUUCCCAUUAGUCCACCCUCUCCCACAAAGCGCAGACGGGCCUCAGCCAAGAGGAAGGGUAGCCAGGAUGAGGAUGGAGAGCAAACAGAGGAAGCCAACAACAAGAUGGUAUCUGAGGAAAGGGAUACUGAUAAUGCACCUCAGGGCAAAGGUGAAGAUGACAAGCUGCCCUGCUCUAUUUGCUUCAAAGCAUUCAGAUGUAAGAGCGAUCUAGAGACCCACAUGGAAACACACCCUGACUCUAGCCUAAGAUGUGAUCUCUGCUGUCUCUCAUUCCGCACUCACCGAGGUGUUCUACGUCACAAUGCCGCCACCCACCACCAACUUCCCACAGAUCCCAGCGGCCAGCCUUUUAUCCAGAACAACCCAUCCAUUCCCCUCGGUUUCAAUGACAUGGCCUUCAUUGACUUUUCUUGCCACAAGUUCCCUCAGAUCGCACAGGUUUGGUGUGAAACCAAUUUGCGUCGGUGCACCAGCAAAAUCCACCGCUUUGUGUGUGAUGUGUGUGACAAGGCUUUCCCUCUCCAAUCUGCUCUUGACCUGCAUAAAGACACUCACCAACAAAAAGAUGGCUCACCUGACCCUCCCCACUCUCUUGGAGCUGAAAAAGCCGAGACCCCAUCACCUGAUCAGUUCUCUUUUAUGGGUGGUCUGGGUCUGCAGCACAUUUCCAAGGUCAAGCCUACCCCUUCUGAGGAAGAAGUUUACCAGGCGAAGUUGGACAGCAUACGCGUCAUCCAUGUGGAGCAGCCCACGCACUCCUUGCCACAAGAGGGCGGUGUCGUGACAGGGCUGAGUGGGAUGGGUCUUCACCUCGUGGACCCAUUGUCACUCCAGAGUCUCUCACAACGCGAGGCUCUAAGCAUCCUCUCCCUCAAGCCGUUCCAGGGAGGGUUUGUUCUUCAGCCAGACGGGGGUGCUGUGGCCAAGCCUGUCUGUGGAGAAGGUGGUCUAGAGCUGGCUGACAUCCAACAGAUCCUGAAGGUGGCAUCUGCAGCACCUAACCAGAUUGCACUGCCCACCUUGUCCAAGGCACCGUGUAGCGCUACGCAGGCAGCUGGCCACAAGCAGAUGCCGCCACUCAAGCCCAAGCCGCUGGUGACUCCGUGGACCAAUAUGAGUACUUCUACCCCUCCCUCACUGAUCACUACACAACAGGCUUCGCUAGGCUGCAUCAGUCCCAAUCUGCCCCCAAAUAGCCAGCUACUCCGUAACUCUAGGGAAAUGUCCUCAGCUUUGUCUUCCUCCUCCGUUGUCUCUGGCUGUCAGGUGUCUUCAGAGAGAAUGCAGAUGGAGGCGGACUGCAUGGGCGAUGCUGAAAUGCCGCAGGAAUCGGAUCAACUUAAGAGUGAGGCAGGCCAGGGUGCGGAGGGUGGUGAAAAGAAGGCCUCAGGCUCAGGGGCCCAGAAGGCAUCCUAUCCUUGCAGGUUCUGUAACCAGGUCUUUGCCUUCUCUGGUUUGCUGCAGGCCCACAUGCGCUACCACUUGGGCAUCCAGCCCCGCCAGUGUAACAUUUGUGACUAUGUGGCACCUGACAAAGCCACGCUAAUUCGCCACCUGCGCACACACACUGGUGAGCGGCCCUAUGUUUGUCGUGUCUGCCACUAUCCCUUCACUGUCAAGGCCAACUGUGAGCGCCAUUUGCGCAAGAAGCAUAUGAAGAACACACGGAAAGAGAUUGAGAAGAAUAUCAAGUAUGUCACCUCCACCACUACAGCCUCCUCACCGGUCUCUACCCAAGAGGCCAUCCUGGAGCAGGUGGGGGCCGGCGAGACCCUUUGUCGCUUCUGCGGGGAGGAUCUGAAAACCUACCGAGCCCUGCAGAUCCACCUCCGUACCCACAGUGGUUGCCAGCGCAAGCCUUAUGAGUGCCGCCGCUGUGGGGCGGCUUUCCUGACCAAGAGAAACUGCAUCCACCACCUACUGAAAGGGCACCCUGAGAUCCAGGAGCAGAUUGAGGAGCAUAUAGCUGUAAUGCCAGCUGGAACUGCCUUGCAACCAAGACUUAACUCCCAGCCUGUCAAUGGCCUGCCUGCCUCCUCCACAUCACCUAAUGUGAAGAUGGAAGAUCUGAGCUUCUACAGUGGGGAGCUCGAACAGCCCCUGGACUUUUCAAACAAACAUGUUGGAGGAAGCAGUGCUGGAUUGCCACAGAUUAAAGUAGAGGGUAGCAUCUCCUCUCUAUUAAGCGAUGACUGUGACAUGGAGCCUAUUGACCUUUCCAUACCAAAGAACCCAGAGAAGCGAAUGAAGAUGGAGAUGACUGUUUCAGCACUGGAACAUAAAGAAAUCAAGAAGGAGACCUCAUUCAUCACCCCCCUUGACCACAGUGUGAACCAGACCGUACAGAGAGAGAAGGAUGAGAAGUUGUUGCAGCAAGGGGGCUACCAGAUGCCUUUGGCUGUUGCCUCAGCCCUCAGUGCAGGGGGGCCUGCUGGUCGGGCCCUACGACUAAAACCUCUCCUACCCAAACCAGUCUCCUCAUCCACUUCCUCCUCCACCCUGAAAGAGUUGCCACCGCUAGCCUCCAUAGCCCAGAUCAUCUCCUCGGUGUCCGGAGCUCCGGAUCUUCUGAAGCGAGACUCUCUCAUGGAGAACAAUGGCAGCCCUAACAUGCAAAGAGAGAGAGACUCUACUGGCAAAGUAGACUCAGCCUCCCAGGAUGGUUUGUUAGAUGAGCUUCCCUUGGAGAGAGCAGCUAAGAGGGGCAGGAAAAGACCUGUGAAAUGUAUGAAGGGUGCAGACAUAAACAAAGGAAACACAGGCAGUGGUAUUGAUCUUGAGUCCAGUGGUGAGUUUGCCAGUAUUGAAAAGAUGCUAGCCACAACCAACACCAACAAGUUUAGUCCCUACCUGCAGUCAGAAGAUUUAGAAAUUGGUCAGAAGGAGGGAGACGUUUCACUUGAGAAAAGUGAGAAGAACGAAGAGAAAGAGCAGCUGCACCCUCAGAAAGGACCCUCAGAAAAGCUGCACCCUCAGGUGCGCAAGCACAACCCAGCUCCAGGCCAGCUGCAGCAACCACCAAAGGGGAAGAAGAAUGCCUACUCAAACUCAGUGCAGAAGAUGACCUGUCCUUUUUGUCCAAGAGUUUUCCCCUGGGCCAGCUCCCUGCAGAGGCAUAUGCUUACACAUACAGGUCAAAAGCCAUAUCCAUGUCCCAAAUGCGACGCUUUUUUUUCCACAAAGUCUAACUGUGAGCGUCACCUGUUGCGUAAACAUGGUGUGACCAAUAGAGUGCUGCGUCGCAAUGGUGUCAUGCCAAAGGUCAAAGAAACCGAAGAGGGUUCACCUGAGAGUGCAGAGAGUAUGUCUGAAACAGAGCUCCCCACAGCAGAAGCUAUGGAUGAGAGUGGUACUGACCACUGUUCCCAGUCCACCAUCUCUGGAACUCAGAAGCCUUCCCUUCCGACAGACGUUUCUAAUGAUGCUACCACCCCCAGUACUGACAAAGACUGCACAAAGCAGGAGGAGACUGAGAUCCUGACAGACCUUGCACAGGAUAGCACAAACCUCCCUACCACCCAUGACAACGACGAUGAUGCCCACAGCAGCAAGAGCCUAGACUUCAAUUUUGCCAGCAAACUGAUGGACUUCAAGCUGUCGGAGCAUGGACCGCAGUCCCAAACAUACUCCCCGGAUGGAGGCAGUGGGAAGAAUGUAGCAGUACAGAUAGAGGAUUCAGCACCACCCCCAGAGGACACCAAGCACACCUGCAAGACCUGUGGGAAAAGUUUCCGCUACGCUGCUACACUGGCCCGACACGAGAAGGCUCACAUCUGUGAGAGCAUUACUGAGAGCCAGUGCAAGGAAGAUAAGAACAGUUGCACAAAAAUAAAAAGGGAGGAGGAGGAGGAGGAGGAGGAGGAAGAAAUGGAAACUGAGGGGGAGAAGAAAAGAGCAGCAGAGAGCAGCAUGGAGAGUGGCUCAGAGGAAGAUGAGGAGGUGGACCAGAGUGAUGAGGAAGGAGGCUCAGAACCAAAGGACAAUGAGGGUGAUGCUGGAGGGGGACUGGAGAUCAAGACAGACAAGAGGAAGAAGGUCUGCAAUGUGUGCAGCAAGCGCUUCUGGAGUCUACAGGACCUAACCAGACACAUGCGUUCUCAUACAGGAGAACGGCCUUACCGGUGCACUACUUGCGAGCGCACCUUCACCCUGAAGCACAGUCUGGUUCGCCACCAGCGCAUCCACCAAAAACCUCAGAGCGAGGUGACCAAUGGUGGGGGGUCGGAAUCGUUAGGGGGCUCCGCUAGUGAAGGAGAGAGCUCUCAACCUGGCACCAACCCUCAUUCUGAGAAUGAGCAUGAGAGUGAGGCGACGGAGAAAGUGAGUGAGGCGCACAGUGGUCAGUCGAGCCCACAGCUCACAGACAGGCUAAGUAUUGAAGGCCUCGCACAAGUCAUUACUGCAGAGGACCCUCGAGAAGCCCCCGAAGUGGAGGACCCAUCAGAGACCUCGAGAACUGAGGCUGAGCCCGGAUCAGGGGUUGGAGUUGAUCCUGAGCCAGAUACAGUUUCUCAAAUGCCUGAGGAAGCAGUGCGAAAAGUAGGUGUUCUCCCCUCUAAGACCCCCCUCCCUCAGCCAGAGCCAGAGGAUUCAGUGGAUACCCCCAGUAAUGGUUUCAUCCAGGGACUACUUGAGAUCCACACUGCUAAGCCUUCCCUUGAGCACAUGCAGCCAUCUGCUGAGCAUCCUUCUGUGGGGGUGGAUUAAGGGAAGAGCCCCCAAUUUAUUUUGAGGUGCUCUUUUUUUUCUAUGCAGUGAAACAUUUGCGGAUUUGCUGGACACUGUGCCAUACAAUGAAGUGUUGCGGAAACUAAAUAUAAAGGGACACAUCAGAUGACCGCGUGGACUUUCAGAGCAUAAUGGUGUUUCCAAGUGCCUUGCUACUUCUUUGGGCUCUGUCUGUAUCAGUAUGUGCUGAAUGGGUUUUUUAAGCUCAGUAUUUUAUGAUUAUCUUUUUAAAUGACUUUACAGACGCAAUAAACAGAAUACCUAUAUUAAUGUUAGAGAGGGUGUGAAUGACAUUUUUGUGUGUGUGUGAUCCAGCUUGGCUGGAACUGAAGAGGCUGAUCAAUGAGAAUGCAAGCCUGUGUCAGGUUUUGUCAAGGGUUUUCGUAACUGGAAGAUGGGGGAGGGGGGGGGGAGUCUUAAUAAAGAGCUCAACAACAACAUACAGCUCUGGAAAACAAUUAGAGAUCACUGCACAUUUUUUCUGAUGUCAUCCUACUGUUGCUGAGUGACGUUUGAAUGAGUUGACGGUCAUAUUCAAAAUUACAAAUGACUUCGAAUGUCACUCAGCAACCGUAGGAUGUGCAGUGAUCUCAAUUUUUCCCAUAGCUGUGUAUAUAAUAUGUUGGUCACAUGGGGCAUCAAAAUUACUUCUUUCCUGCCUCUUUUAUGCCUACAGAAUACAUAAAACUUCCACUAACAGAAUGACUCCAAUGACCUCUGUUGGAGUGCAAUGAAUGAAUAGAGUAACUGAAUAAUGUUGUCAGUGUUUUUCUUGUUUUGUUUCAUCAUUGAAGAAAUUAUAUUUACAACAGUAAAUAUGGGCAAUAUUUGCCUAGGAAGAUUAGAUUCCCUGCUUGGUUUUGUUCUAUACACUUUCCUGUUUGAAAACGUCUUCCAAAAACAAUAACACCUUCACUUUAAGCCUUACCUGUGAUCCUGUUGUUUCCUUUAAAUUUUUACUACAGAUAUCUCUCUUUUUUAUCUGUCAGAACACUACCCUUACGUAUUCACUGUGAACUUGAACAGUGUCGUACUGCUGCCUCUCAUCACCCUAGUCCAUCAUAAUUUUACAUUUUUAAAGUAUUUUUCCUGAUGUGUAAGUCUCAUUUCUCUUCAUAAAGGAACCUCAAACUGCAAAAACCUCAAAACAGCUUGUGUUUUUUGUUUUUCAAAACCCUAUUGACAUACGGGACCAUGGAAAAGAGUGUUUAAGAACACACAAGAUUAUAUAUAUGACAGAAUAAUUUCAGAUAAUUUCAAAGAUACUACAAAAGGUUAUUCUUCUUGGUGCUCUUGAAAUGAUAGUCUGUAAUGAGAUUCCUCUUUGUGGUUGGUCCAUCCAUGAUUAGGGUGUAAAUACACACAUUGUAAAGGCACUGGGUUCGUAUGCAUUGCGGUAUGGUAAAGCUUCGGUCUGUGUGUGUGUGUGUGUGUUGAUGGGGGUGGGGUGUGGGGUGUAUAAGAGAGAGAGAGGGCGAGCAACUGGAGAGAGACCAACAGUGUGCAUGUAUCAUAACCCAAGAAUGCACACAAAUUCAUUUAAGUAUAUUUAUUAUAACUUGGGUUAACUCCUUAAUGGAGCUAAUACAACCUGGAGAAAAGCCAUGUGUUAAUACAUAUAUGCUGCAGAAAAGGAUUCAAACGCAAUUGUCUUAGAGCCUUGAUCUGAGACUUUUUCCUAGCAAUAAUCACUAUUGAUCUAAAGCUUUACUUUGGUUUUCAUGUAUUGAUAGAGUGUAUGGUUUGGGGUUUUUCUUGUUAUUUUAUGUCUUUCUAGUGGAUUUCUUAUAUAAAACUGUGAAAGUUAUUGUGUUCAGCUGUUCUUGGUGAAUCUGUAGGGUAGAGUGUUUUGUUUUGAUUUUGUAUGUUAAAUCUUCAUUUUGAUUUAUGAAUGAUUUCAUAUUAUUUCCCUCCUCUUCAGCUCUCAGGGUCUUUACUAAAAUGUGUAUGUCAAUAGAAGUGUUGAUAAAUUAAUGUUGAGUACAUUAGUUCUUUAAUGAAAGACUGUCAAUCACUACAAUCAGCACUUGACUGUGAAUUCAUAUCACUUGUGCAGAGAAAAGGAACAUGAUUUAUCUGUCUAAGAGCACAUUUUACAAUUGUGUCUUCACUGUGCAAAUUUGCUGGACAGGGCUGGGUCUGUUUUUUUUUUUUUUUUUUUUUUUUUUUUAUCCUUUUCUUCUGAAGAGAGCUCAACCGUCAAAACAUUGCCUGCUGCCAGUCAUUGUUUACCUUUAGAUCCACCAUGUAAAAGGGAACUGUGUGGUUGCUGCGCUCAUCACUGAACGACACUAUGGGAGCCAGGUUCUCUCUAACUCCAGUAAAAAAAAAAGAACUAACACUAAAAUUGCUAUGACCUUUGUUCAUGAUCAUGCUUCAGAAAUCAAAUCAAUAAGCUGUCUUGUAUCAGUAUAAUAAUGAAAGCAAUAAAAAUGUCAGAAUGGUG